UCUCCGGUAGCGCCGCUUGGGACGGGCGAACAAAGUUCCUACACCCACGGAAAUGCAGCUGCCAGCAGAAUGGAAAUUGCCCGACGGUCGGAGUUUUUGCAUGUCAAAGCCCCAGAGUCGCCAGGAUGACAGGCUAAAAACUUGACACCCGACACUGCUCUACCCCACACGCCCGACAGUACAUAUAUACAACGACACAUCUCUCCUGGAAGAAAACCAGACGAUUGCGCUGUCCUUCCCCAAGUCAGGCAUGCAGUGAGCUCGCGCUUGGUCAGCCCAGCAGUCUGAAUUGGUUCGGCUCACACAACCAAAACAGGCAGCCACGCAUGGAGAGGCACAGCCACCUUAUGCCCUCGGCGGCCCUAUCGCAGGCUCAGCCUCAUCUGGGAUAUCCCUUGGUCGACGAGCUGUCCUUGGUCACCAUAGUACAACCACAGCAGAAAUUGCAACAGCAACAACAAGGGGGCGACCUGUCGCCCUCGACGGUAGAAGGUGUCAUGUCUCUGCUAACACCAUCUGAAGCGCAUGCCUUCCAAUCCUUUCUAACGUCGCUUGACGCCGCUGAGUAUGCCGCCGACUGGAACAUGCAACUCGACCUGCCGUACGAACACACGCCGUCUGUGCAGGGCAGGGAUGCAUUGACAAGGGCAACCAGAGAUCUCAUGUCUCUAGACGCAGGCAAACUUAGGCAUCCCUUGAAGUCAUCUCCGGGUGGCAGCUCGGCUACCUCCGUUCACCGGCACCCCCAGCCACAGAAUUCUGUCUCGCUCCUGUUGGCUCGUGCACAUCGUUCGUCCGAUAGCAGGGUUCAUGCAAACGAUGAACUCGUCCCAUCCUCGUCCUCACGGUCGUACACAUCUUCUCCGGGACCGGCCGUGCGGUCAUCGCCUCCUGCAUGCGAAUCACCUGGCGGUUCCAACGGAUCUGUAAAGAGGUCUCCGCCCCUUGAUGCGACCUCGAGCACUAAGCGCCAUCGCUUGUCCAACGGUUCGCUAGGCGAAGAAAAACUAGCGCAGAACAAUAGAACAGCCCUCCUUUCCCCUUCUCAAAAGAAAGCCAACCACAUUCAAUCGGAGCAAAAACGGAGGGCGAAUAUACGUAGGGGCUAUGACGCCCUCUGCGAGAUCGUGCCCGCGCUUCGGGAAGCGUGUCGGGCAGAAGAAGAACGUGUCAUGGCACACGGAAAGAGUAGAGGUCGGCGUCGAAACAAGAGCACGGAGGAUGGUGAAAGGAUUGAUGGCAGGGCAGGCCCGAAGAGUGAGAACGUUGUCUUGUCAAAGACUAUUGACUAUGUCCACGAAUUGCUAUCCGAGAAAGAGAGCCUGCUGCAACGUCUGCAUGUCGCUCGGAGCGUCCUGCCUCCUAACCAUCCUUUGCUACAACGUCAUCCUGACGCUCCUCCGCCUCUAUGGGAGAGAAGAUGGACCGGUGGGCAAUCCAAUGAGGGGGAGGAUGAUGAUGAUGACGAGGACGAGGAUUAGGCUGUGCAGCUCGAGUCAGUCGAGCGAGCUUAUCCAUAUCCCUGCGUAGGUAUCUAAAGGAAGAGCAUCCUUUUCUCAGAUAUGCUACUGUGUGGCGAUAGCUGAGCAUUGGCCAUCCUUGCCGGCUGACGAUGUCAUAGUUGGGCUUCCAUUAUAUCUCACUUAAAGCUAGUUAAAUGUAUUGUAUGGGCACGAGGCGUUGUGUAAUUGGG